CGCCGCCGCUGCUGUACGUACAGUGUGAGUGCGUGUCACAGCCGGGUAGUAGCCGGGAGUGGUACCGUGGUGGCAGCGGUCUACGCCUGGGGGGUUGGGGCUUAACAUGGGGGGCUCGAACAGCGUGGAGAUCCCUGGAGGAGGAACUGAAGGCUAUCAUGUCUUGCGGGUUCAAGAGAAUUCCCCGGGACACAGAGCUGGCCUGGAGCCGUUCUUUGAUUUUAUUGUUUCUAUCAAUGGAAUAAGGCUUAAUAAAGAUAAUGACACACUUAAAGAUCUGCUAAAAGCCAAUGUGGAGAAGCCCGUAAAGAUGGUGGUGUACAGCAGCAAGACACUGGAACUGAGGGAAACGACAGUGACGCCGAGUAAUAUGUGGGGUGGGCAAGGUUUACUGGGAGUCAGUAUACGCUUCUGCAGCUUCGAAGGAGCAAAUGAGAACGUAUGGCAUGUAUUGGAGGUGGAACCAAACUCUCCUGCGGUACUGGCUGGGCUCAGACCCCACAGUGAUUAUAUAAUUGGAGCGGACACUGUAAUGAAUGAGUCUGAGGAUCUAUUCUCCCUCAUUGAGACACAUGAAGGAAAGCCUUUAAAACUUUAUGUGUACAACACAGACACGGACAACUGUAGAGAGGUUGUCAUCACGCCAAACACUGCAUGGGGUGGUGAGGGCAGUCUAGGGUGCGGAAUCGGCUACGGUUACCUCCAUCGGAUACCAACAAGACCCUUUGAAGAGGGAAAGAAUAUCUCUUUGCCUGGACAAGUUCCAGGAGCCCCAGUGAGUCCUCUAAAAGAUGGCUUUACAGAGGUACAGCUGUCGUCUGUAAAUUCCCCUCCUACUUUACCUAUUGGCACGGCAGGAAUUGAAGCAAGCUUGUCUGGGCUAUCAAUCGGUGCCAGUUCCCCUUUAGUUAGUAAUGCGAUUAAUGCAGGUUUACCUACUGUGCCAGUGCUCACGCCACAGAUAAAUCCAUCUCUCACCCCUGUAGCUCUGAAUCCAGCUGUAUCGCUUUCAAGUAUCAUGCCAUUAUCCACUGGACUCCCUCACCUGCCAAACCUCCCGAAUCUGCCCAACAUUAACAUGCCUGCUCCACACUUAAUUCCACACCCAGGAUUGACAGACCUUUCACAAACUGUUGCAGGUUUGCAGUCCCUUGGUCCAUUGCCCCCUUUAAAUCUGAUAGGAAUGCCACCUCUGUCAGUUCCUUCUCAGUUUCCUGCAUUUCCUUUAGCACCAAUGGCUUGUGACAUACCUCCUCCAUUGCUGGACCAUUCCCCGGCCCUCGCCACAGAACAUGUAACUCCACCUGCCGAAGAUGCGACCCUUCCCGUCACAGAGAAACCUGUUAUUAGCAGCACAGAAGCAAGCGCCAAUGAAUCUUCAUAACUCUGAACCUUGUCUGUGCAUUGGUGGGUUAAAGAGUGAACUUCAUGUUAGAAUUUACUUUUGAGUAUGAUGUAUUUUGAUAUUCUGAGACAAUUUGCAGUUUAUUCUUUUUAUAUUAAUUUCCUUUCUGCUGUGCCUCUCUAACCUGAAAUCUAUAAUGUUGUCUAGUUGCUGGGGCCACUGAUUGCAAGCAGAAGGCAGAUCCUGAUGCUGGAAUUUUGUUACCUAUGUUUCUUGUCUUACUCUACUUGCUAUCUCCUGUCAUUACCCCUCUGUCUGGUUGUUGUGGCAAGUGAUACCCUAAGAGCACCAUGACACAUCAAAUUUGAAAUUGUAAACAUGCAGAAGUGUCCAUUGACUACACAAAGGAUUCAAAUGCAAAUUGUCUCAUUAUAGCAUUUUAUCAAUCAUACUACACAUACAUAUUUAUUUAGCCACUAAAUGUGUUUCAGUACGCAGUCAUUCAUUUCCUAUUAGUUUGUACUUAUAUGUAGGAGACCUGUAAAUAUAUAAAUAACGCUAGCCACGAGGGUCCUGAAGAAUGUAAGAAAACUGCAAAAGAAAGAAAUUCCAAACUCUGAAGUGGUUGUAAAUUAUUUUAGCCUAAGAGAAUUUCCAACUGAGGAAUGAUAAUAAUAAUAAAGUUUCACAAUGUACACACUUUAAUGUCUGUAUGGUUUAUGCAAUCCUCUAUGAACGUUUAGUCUAUGAUGGGGCUGCAUUGUGUUCAGGACUCUACAAGGUUUAAUGUUGAUGCUUUGCUUUAAAAACAAAAACUACUGUAUAUGGCAUGGAAAAGAUCGAUCCGGUAAGGUGUGCGUUUUAAACAGAUAAUGGGGAUCUUCGUUUAAUCUGGGAUAUACUGUUAGCAAUAAAUUACUGGAAUUUUACUUUU